AAGAGGGAAGCUUAAAAUUCGAUGGACAAAGUAUUAUUUCAAGAGUGAUGAUGAUAGUACUGCUUGUAGUUGUAUCGAAUAUGGAGGUAAUUGUGAAGAUUGUUUUAUUAAAAAAUUUAAACCUGAAUAUGAUUCAGAAGAUAAUUUUAAUUAUGAUAAUUAUAAUGAAGCUUAUCAUAAUGUAUUUAAUGAUGAUGGAAGAGAACAUAAUGAAAAUUAUCGUACUGCCAAUACGAAUAAUUUUAAUUAUGAGGAAAACGAGAGUGAUGAUGGUUAUGAAGGGUUUUUACAAAAGAGAGAAUAUGAUAGUUACGAUAAAUAUUUAGAAGACAAAAACAUCCAGAAUUUUGAAUAUUACGUGUCACAACGUUCUCAACGUAAAUAA